CCACCUCCGAUCAGCUGAUACUUCUGCACGUUUGUUUUUCACAGUUGAUCAGUCCCCGGAAAUCGGUAAUUCGUGCGGGAUCAAAGGGGGGAUGGAGCUCCGAACAACGAGAUACAUCGUUGUUGGACAAUAUUGUUGGCAUCGUUCACUUGAUCGGUAGUACCGAUUCGGUACUUGACACGCGAGCACCGAAGCAGUAAUAUAGCGAUGUUCUAAAAAAAUUCAUCAUAAUACGAUCGAGCAAGUGCUGUCACCCUUCGUUAUCAUUCUUCGUUGACGAAACCGCGUCACAGUCAUUUUUCCUUAUCGUACGCAAAAUGACUAUUUGGUGUACCGUUGGCUAUUCUCUAAACGUAGAUUGAGCCACGUCCAACCAGGCAUAAUCGCAAUAUAAUGGAUAACGUGACAAGAAUAAUUUAUGCAAUAUGUCGGGGGUUUGUAGACAGCUUGAAGGGUACUGUUGUUCUUUUCUACAUGGAUAAGCAGAUUAAUGAAAAAUUAAUCGGAAAAUCUCCUAGUCGAGUGGAACUUAGGAGGAGAGACUUAGUUACGCCAAGUCCCACCAAAAAUAAACAACGAGAAUCUAUGGUAUUGAUGAGAACCAUACAAUGCUGUGCAUUAAAUGGAGGGGUGUUUUGGGCUAGUAUACUGAUAUUUGAGUUUGGACUUUUACCAUUUGUUAAGUACUUACUGACUAUUAUAUUUGGCCAUUCUCCUGGCAUGGGUCUUACUGUAUGGUCAUGGAUUCAGCCAUUUCUAUCCCUUACGUUUGGUACAAUAUGGGUGCUACCACUAUUCUUACUCAGCAGAAUAGUUAACAGUUUAUGGUUUCAAGACAUAGCAGACAGCGCAUACAGAUACAGGCAAGGAAGACCAUUGCUUCUGUCAAGUGUAAGCAAAUUGAUAGCUGACACACUUUUUAGCGUAUUAGUUCAAGCAUUAUUCUUGGGACAAGGAAUGUUGGUGUCCAAAGUUCCCCUACCGCCAUUAGGGGACAUUCUUGCUCUUGUCCAUAUGUGCCUUUUAUAUGCUCUCUAUGCCUUCGAAUACAAGUGGUUCAACAUGGGUUGGGAGUUGCAUAGACGAUUGACUUUUAUUGAAGGCAAUUGGCCAUACUUUUUAGGCUUUGGUAUGCCAUUAGCAGUACUUACCCAACUGCCCAAUUCGUACUUUGUAAGUGGCUGUGUUUUUUCCAUUUUAUUUCCACUGUUUAUUGUAAGUGGAAAUGAAGCAGAACCUGUGACUGGAGUAUGUGAUUGCCAACUGAAAUUAUUUUCACCAGUAAUUGCAAUUGCAAAUACAUUAUUUAAUAAAACUAUUGGGCGGGCCAAUAAACGGUGAUAAUAAAAAUGAAGAAGAAUGCUUAAUUUAUGCCAUUUAAGCAUUAGGACAUGCGUACAAUUUAUCAAUUUGUUACAGAAAAGCUCAUAUACAAUAGAAAUAAUUGUAAAAUAAUAUUUAAACAAUAUUUGGAUACCCAUUUUUUGCUCUUACGACAAAUAAUAUUACUUUUAUUAUUUAAGUGAAUUACAAAGUGUUCAGAAAAAAUGCAAAAGGUAGAUUUAUUUUUUGACACUAAAAAGAUUAUAAAAUAAAAUAAUCUUUUUCUAUCACGAUUUUUGUAAAAUAUAAAAAUAACUAUUUAAUUGGAAUAUAAGACCAAUCAGUACAAAUAUUUAUUUAUGCAUAUAUAAUAAUGCACAUAUAGUUUAUUCGUACAUGUGUGAUUACCGGUAUUUAAUGAUAUUACCAUAGUAUACAAACGAUAUGAACCGGAACAUAUUUCUCAAUUUUUAUGAGAAUUCAUAUUUUGAGCUUUUUAUGCUGUAGCUAGUCAUUUUUCAAUAUCGAUUUGAGAUCUCCAAUCGUCGCUGUGCUGUAAACGUAUAUUAUAAACAUGUGCUAUAGGUAAAAAUAGUACACUAUAUGGCAGUUAAUAUAUCCAAUCUAGUGAUAAUGUAAUCUUUAUGUAAUAUAGAUAUUACUGAGAUUGAGAUAUUCAAACAUUAAGAUAAUCCUAUAUAAAACAGUGAUACAUGACUUUUUUUAUAUUCUUCCUGAGGAAUAUUGUAUUUGAAAAAUUUUUAAAUUUGAUGAUAAUUUACGUUCUUUGUAAGCGCCAAUGACAUCUCAAUCAAUUGAAUCUAUUGAUUCUAAUAUUUCUAAUUACGUAUUGUGUGCCAUACAUAUCAUUUAUACAUGGGAUUCGUCCAAAAAAAUCAUGUACGAUAAAAACAAACGAAAAAUAUCAUAAUUAUAAAUACUGCUAAUCAUAAAAUAUAAGAAUAUUUCAAUUUUUGUAUAUGAUUAGGAAAGUGCAAAUGAAAUUAUUACAUUUGUCACAUACAUUGAUCAUUUUAUACACUAUAAUUUAAAUAAAUAUUAAAAUUAAAAAUAGUGUUUAUUUUCGUAAUUGUCGCAAAUCUAGUCAAUUGUGCAUUUACGAGGAAAAAUCCCUAUAGGUAUUUCACGCUUUUCGAUUCAAAAUCAAAAUCUACAGAAAUGUAAGUAAUACUAAUGACACAUUCUGCAAAUUAUAACCCUCCUAUCUUUGCAUUAAAAAAUACCGGUAUAAUUAAUUUUUUCAAUCUAGUGAGUUCCAUGAUCAAACCAGCAGGGUCAACUAUACAAUAACAAUCAGAAAAAGGACAGGAGCCUGAAAAAAUAUCUUUGAUCAUGAGCACCGAUAAGAUACUAUUAGUACUUCGUCGAUGAUAUGACGUAUAUUGUUAUAAUAUCGAGAAAAAUGUCUCCCCUCCUAUUUUCGUCUUUAUUUACAACGAGAAACACAUGAUAAAAUACACACGUCCAUAUAACUUAGGCUGCAUUCCGUUUCAUGCAUAAUGUAUCAUUCAUUCUCAUUUAACGUUAGACAAACAACGAAGAUGAACAAUGACCCAUGCGUGAAAACAGAACGUGGCUUUAUAUAACUGUACUCUAUGUUGCGUUUGAAAAGCAUCACGCAACAUCUUUUAUUUAGUACUCCAUCAUUAUUUACGUGUCUUGCUCGUACUCUAUUUAUCCUAGCUCGUUUUGUAAAAAUUGAUGUAUCGACAGCCUACAAUCUUGAUCGUUAGUGGAAAUGUAAAGAAGAAAAUAAAAGUAUCAUAUCGAAGAAAAAGAUUAUUUUAUCAACUCCAAAUGACUCGUGUAUGAUCAUAUAAUUGUCAGGAAUUAAUAUCACGAUCAUGUUAAGCAAUCAUCUUGUUAUUAAAACUGAAAGGUAAAUGAUGAAAUAAUAAAUCUGAUGUUGUCUAUAUACUA